CUGAAAACCUUUGUUAAUCAUGGAACCAUACUUUGGUGGUUUCAAGCACAUGCAGCAGGACUGUGGAGUUCAUCUCAAACUUGCAAGUGACGAGGCACAAAAAGCUAGAAACGCACAAAACUCCAAACCAGGAUCUUAUGGUGUCAGUGUCCGGGUCCAAGGAAUUGAUGGACAUCCAUACAUAGUGCUGAACAACACUGAAGCAGGGUAUUUGUCAGAAAAUCCUCCUUUAUCUGAAAAUGGGCAACAAGUUGCAUCUCAGACAGUUAAUAGAUCAGCACCAACCUACAGUUCUACUCUCAAACUGGGCGAGAAAACUGGUGAAGAACCAAAAUUUCCUGAAAUGCAUGACACACACUACAGUGCACUUAAAACCUUGAAGCAGAGUAUUCUCAAUGAAGAAGAGAAUAGAAUCCCAGAUUUUAGUGAUGGAACAUUAAAGUCCUCCAAUCUUUUGAACUUUCAAAAACACCCUGAGAUUUUGCAGCCCUAUGAUCCUGAAAAAAAUAAUUUGAAUUUCAAUAGUUAUCCAUCUCCUGUGUGCAAUAAAUCUAAAGAUUUUAAAGAUGAAGGUAAGAUUGAAACAAAGUCCUGGGUUUCCUCAUCUAAACUGGUGUCUCUGCAGAAAACAAGUCCACAGCUUGUGGAGUCAACAAAAUCAAAUAUGAGAGUGAUACAUUUGAACAGGUCCAUAACAGUAGAUGACCAAAAUAAGCAAGUAUCAGAGUGUCCCAGUACCAUUAGUAGUUCAGAUGAAAAGUAUCCAUCAGAAUCACUUUUAUCUAAUGGAGGAUCCCUACAUGUUAGCCCUGCAGCCCAUCAAGAGACAAGAAAACCUAGACCAGAUGUUCUUCCUUUUCGCAGACAAGAUUCAGCUGGACCAACACUGGAUGGGUCACAAAGAUCAUCAUCUUCAUCAACCACUCCUACUUCUGCAAAUUCCUUGUAUAGAUUUUUACUUGAUGACCAAGAGUAUGCUAUCUAUGCGGACAAUGUUAACCGUCAUGAAAACAGAAGGUAUAUCCCAUUUUUGCCUGGAACUGGCCGGGAUAUUGACACUGGGUCCCUUCCUGGAGUAGAUCAAUUAAUUGAAAAGUUUGAUAAGAAAGUUGGUUCUCAGAGAAGUGGUAGGUCAGGAAAAAGGAACAGAAUUAACCCAGAUGAUCGUAAAAGAUCAAGAAGUGUUGACAGUGCUCUGCCUUUAGGCCUGGAAGUAAAUUCAGAUUACUUUGAUGAAUACAGUAAAAACUUGGGUAAAUCAACUGAACACUUGUUAAAACCAUCUAAAGUUUGUCUUCAUAAGCAGUUGUCUCAAGACCGAAAGUUUUCUUCAACUGAGGUACAAGCUGUUGCUCGAACUGUUGGAAAAUUGCAAGCAAGUGGUAAUAAUAUUCGAAACAGCCAGUUCAGUUCUUUGCAGCAUCAUAAACAAACUAAAGUGACUGGAGAGAAUUUAACUAUUAGGUCAUCCACACUUCCAGGACAGAAUAAAAAAGAGGAAGAUAAAACAGUAGCUUCUACUCUACUAUUGCCAAACCGAUUUACAACUCCCCUUGAUGCAGGAUCAAAGAAAAUUUCAGUAAAAACAUUUUCUUCUGCUUCUGGUACACAGGCAACUCCUGAUCUAUUAAAGGGCCAACAAGAACUUGCACAGCAAACAAAUGAAGAAACAGCUAAGCAGAUCCUUUACAAUUACCUUAAGGAAGGGAGCACUGACAAUGAUGAUGCUACAAAGAGGAAGGUCAACUUAGUUUUUGAGAAAAUCCAGACUUUAAAGUCAAGAGCUGCUGGAAAUUCGCAGGUUUCUGAUUCUUCAGCUGAAAUAAAAGCAUUGUUGGAACAAAAAACAGAACUGGAGAGGAAAAUUGAAGAGCUACAGAAAAAGCUGGAUUUAGAAAUUAAGAAUCAGCAAAGUACAAAAGAAGAAAAAGAUGCUACGAGAGCAACCCUGAAUGACCUUCAGUUGCAACUUGAUGAAAAUAUUCAAGAAAAAGAUGCCUUAAGAAAGCGACUAAAGGAAAGUGAGGUGGAGCUCCGGGACAACCUAGAAGAACUCUUUCAAGUGAAGAUGGAACGGGAACAACACCAGACUGAAAUCAGGGACCUCCAAGACCAGCUCUCUGAAAUGCAUGAUGAACUGGAUAAUGCAAAACAUGCUGAUGAUGAGGAGAAAGAGGUUCUGAUUGAGGAGUUGAUGCAAAUGAAGCAGGAUCUGCAAGAAACGCUGAUGGCAAAAGAACAACAGGAAGAAAUACUGAGGAAGAGGGAGCGGGAGUUGACUGCUUUAAAGGGAGCACUAAAGGAAGAAGUGUCUAGCCAUGACCUGGAAAUUGAUAAACUUAAAGAACAGCAUGAGAGAGAACUGCAGGAUCUAAGACAGAUUCUGGAGGAAGCAAGAAAGAAUGCUGCUGCCCUGGCCAAUGGAAAAGUCUUUGCAGAACAGAUGCAAAAUGCUGCUGAAAAUGUAGUGAAGGAGCAAGCAGGGGAGAAUGAGCAACUAAAGAGAACAAUUAAAGAGCUAGAAGCCAGAAGUAAAGACCUCCAUCAACAAAUUGAUCAUUUGAACAGAGAACAAGAGAUUAUGAGAGAGAAAGUAAAGAGAAAUGAGAAAGAAAAGCAACAACUAGAAGAUGCCCUGCAGUGUGCUAGGAAUGAGGCAAAGGAGCUGGCACUGGUGAAAAAAUCUUUAGAAAGCCAGGUGGAUGAUAUGCAAAGAAACUUCAGUAAUAUUUCUAAGGACCAGCAACAGUUAACCGAACUGUUAAAAGAUGAAAUUAACCAGAAGGAACAAUUAAAGAGGACAAAGAAUGAAAUGGAAAAUGAACGAUGGCAGCUAGACAAGACCAUUGAGAAGUUACACAAGGAGAUGGCUGAAAUUGUAGAGGCUUCUCAGACAUCCACUCUUGAGUUUCAGAAUCAACUUGAUGACUAUAAGGAGAAAAAUUGCAGAGAACUUACAGAAAUGCAGAGACAAUUAAAAGAGAAAAAACUUGAGGUAGAAAAAUCACGCCUGACAACCAUGACAAUGCAGGAUGAGAUGCGUCUUAUGGAAGAGGAUUUACGGGAUCACCAGAGAGCCCAGGAUGAGGCAAUUACAAAAAUCCAGUUAUUGGAACAGACUGUGAAAGGCCUAGAAUAUGAACUGGAAGCUAGAAACCAUUUGAAAGAUGAUCGGGCAAGACAGAUGAAACUAAUGGAGGAGAAGAUGUCUCAGUUAGAACUUGAACUUGAUGAAGAAAGAAACAACUCUGAUUUGUUGUCUGAGAGGAUCGGUAGAAGCAGAGAACAGAUUGAACAAAUGAGGAAUGAGCUACUUCAGGAAAGGGCUACAAAACAAGAUUUGGAGUGUGACAAGAUUUCAUUGGAAAGGCAGAACAAAGAUUUGAAAAGCCGAAUCCUUCACCUUGAAGGCUCUUAUCGGUCCAGCAAGGAAGGGCUUGUUGUUCAGAUGGAAGCGAGGAUCCUGGAGCUAGAAGAGAGACUUGAAAAUGAAGAGAGGGAUCGGGCUAAUCUGCAGCUCAGCAAUCGCAGACUUGAAAGGAAAGUGAAGGAGUUAGUGCUGCAAGUUGAUGAUGAACAUCUGUCGCUGACUGACCAGAAGGACCAGCUGAGUUUGCGUUUGAAAGCAAUGAAACGUCAGGUUGAGGAAGCUGAAGAAGAAAUAGACCGACUGGAAAGUGCCAAGAAAAAGCUUCAGAGGGAAUUAGAAGAGCAAGUAGACAUGAAUGAUCAAUUACAAGGACAGCUUACUGCUAUGAAGAAGGAAUUAAGUAGGCGGAAGAAAUCACCAAGUAAAAUACUAACUGAUUUUGAUGAAGAUGAUGAUUUCAGUACAGAUGGAGACAGUCUCUAUGAAGCACCUUCAGGAUAUAAAUUCUCAAAAGAAGAUGACACAAAAAGCUAAAACUAAAUUGGAUGAGUGAUUCUAUGAAAGUAAGAGAUGAUUAGGUUAAACUGCAGAUUUCAGAAACCUAAUGUUUAUAGAGAUAUAAGAUCUAAGAAAUUCUACAUUACUGUUCAUGUUGUGCCAUUUUAUUAAAUCUUCAUUGUGUAACGUACAAAACAAGAUGAUAAAACUUCUUGAAAUAGGGGUGUGUACCUGCUACUGAAAACAGUUAUAAUUGAAAUGAAAUAUCACAUUGGAAAUGUGAUUAAUAUACUGAUUAAAAUUAGGAAAGGUAGAAGAAGAGCCAUUUGAAAAUUUAUUCAAAUUAUUUUAUAGUUUAAAAGAUUUUUUUCAUAUAAUUGAGGAAACCAGCAUGCAGGGAAUUAUUUAAUAAUUGUAAGUAGGGGGAAAUGGUGUAAAGAAUGUAAAUAUUUUAAACUAGACCUUUCUAUUGACUACUCCAGUACCAUUUUGUAAAGUUUCAAACAUUUUAUAGAUCAGUUUCAUAUGUAAAGUUCAUAAAUUUAUAUUAAGUAUUAUAUCGUUUUAACUAAAAAAAAACAACCUAAUACAUUUUAUGCAUUAGAGAGUAGAUUCACAGCUCUCAACGCAGAAAAUAUGGUCCAAUUUUAAAUUCAGUAUAAAUUUUACUAUGUGGAUUCUACAAAUUAGGGUAUCUUGCAGCAUUAGACGAUAAAAUCUAAAUCCUCUUUAUUAACAUCAAAGGAACCAUCACUUCUCUGUGAUGAGUAAGACUUGGCCCUGAGAUUAUAGUGACCUUUUGCCUAUGAAGCCUUAUGACAUUAAUAGGGAUCAGUAAGAAUUUUGAUUUUUACUUUGCAACUUUCUUUCCCAAAACAGGGCUCAGCCUGCCUAAUGCAGAACACUCUCGGCCUGCUCAACAGGGUGCUUGAGCAGAUACUUAAUAUGAAUGAGUCGCAGAAUGCUCUGCAGCUGACAGGACUGAGCCCUGACUUCAGGAAGAGUUCAGACUUACAGGCUGCAAGUUGAUAUAUUUUAGACCUGCUGUUUAGUGCGUAUUCAUGACACUACAGCAAUAUAUGCAGCAAUAUGUGUAUCAGCCCUGCAACUGAGCUUGGAGACAUGUAGCUUGCCAUUUUUAUAGGCUUUAUUUUAAACUUCUUUUACACUUCAUUGCUGUGUGAAUUGUUGCAUGUGUGAUUUGUAUCACUCCUCACUCCCUGGCGCACAUGCAAAUUUAACAUCCUAUGGAAAUGUGUUGCCAAAUAAUUAAUUUGGUAACAAGCCAUAGCUAAGUUCUCUGAUUAGCAACUUUUUUCACAUGAUCUAUAUCAAUGAUCAAAGAAGAGUAAGCUCUUCUUUGCUGAGUGGACCAAAUAACCAUUUCUUCUGAUUUAGUUCUGAAAUUAUUACAACCUGGUGAUAUUAAGAUCUUUUGCUCCUACAGACUUACCUAGUGAAGAGACUAAAUUUAGCAGUUCUGCAAGUGAGGCAGCUAUCUAUAUUUAAAAGAAGCAGGGAAAGCAGAAGUCUUGAGUAUGAAAAUAUUAUAUCUGCUCUAAUUCAAAAUGAAACUACCAUAAUCCAGAACCUACUAGUUUCACUGUGAAGGCACAGAAGUCUAUCCAUAGGUUGAAAAUUGCAGGAUCAGUAUUUCUAUCAUCACCUCAAGCUUGAUUUUUGAUAGCAUCUGAAAUUUAUAGGAAAUAAUAUUAAUUGAGUAGCUAUUGUUUAUCUCAGAAACUUCUGCAUGCUUUCCAGUUAGUUUGUUUCUGACUUUUACAAAGUUAUUCCUUUUCCAUGUUCUCCUCUGUACUGCUUUGCUAAUAUUAAAAAAAAGCAACUGGAAAAACUGCACUAUGUUGUAUUGACAAUCAUCAGAUAACCUGUUGUGAUUUUUUUUUUGUUUUAUUUUACAUAACAAGGAUUUAACUUUAAACAGCUAUUUUGUAAUUCUCAUUUUUGUUUCAGCAUUCUGUCUUAACACUCAAAUUACUAUUCUUUUAAGCCAUUGGGAAAAAGCUCCAUUAAUUUUGCAGCUACCUCCAGGUACACUAAACUGUAAACAAAAAAUAAAUAAACAAACCAUAUCAGCCAAACUCA